CGUCACACACCUUAAUCGCCUCCUCCUCCGCUACGAAAACACCAAGUCCUUCAGUUAGUGGGGGUCAAUUGCGCACCCCCACGCACUCACCACCAGCAACCACGACAAGACCUCCCCUCUGGUUCCUGUUUGUUUAGCCAUGUCGUUUGCGCCUGUAAACCCCAAACCCUUCUUACAGGGCCUCACCGGAAAGCCUGUGCUUAUUCGUUUAAAAUGGGGCCAAGAAUACAAGGGCACCCUGCAGUCCAUCGACAGUUACAUGAACCUCCAACUGAUGGAUGCCGAAGAAUGGAUUGACGGUGAAUCGACUGGACAGCUGGGAGAGAUUUUCAUCCGCUGUAAUAAUGUUCUUUGGGUUAGCGAGAGUGCUGAUCCCGCCUCCAAACCGCAGGAGACACCGGCGUCCGCCUAAAACCUCACCACCAAAAACACCCCACAUACGUGUGGGGUCACUGGAAGCGAGAACAGAUGGGAUAGAAAGACUGGGGAGGAGGAGUAGGGAAAGUAGGCCCGUUGCGAAGAGGAAUUCGAAAGGACCUUUCUGCACGCCUUGCGACCUUCUCUUUCCCUCCAUGGUGCCCUCUGCUCGUGUUCUUCGAAAAUGUACUUAACGUUGCUACAAUCUUUUUUACGAGAAAUAAAUUCUUCUUCUGUCGACAAAGUAAAGUAUAAAUGAUUCAACUAGCUGUAACUAGAGAGUUAUAUAUAUAAGUUAUAAGAGAAACAAAUUACAUGUUCA